UCUUCUUUUUUUAUAUAAUCUCGGAAUAACUUGUUUCCAAUAUCCGUUUUACUACAGAUGAGUUGUACAGUUGCAGAUGCUGUUAACUACAAGGGUCUCCCUGCUGAUAGAACUAAAACUGGUGGUUGGAUGCCUGCUGCUCUUGUUCUCGGAAUUGAAAUAAAUGAAAGACUUUCAACAAUGGGAAUAGCAGUAAAUCUUGUUACAUACUUGGGUGGUACAAUGCAUUUACCAAGUGCAGCAUCAGCCAAUAUAGUCACAGAUUUCAUGGGCACAGCUUUUCUCCUCUCAUUACUUGGAGGUUUUCUUGCUGAUUCUUUCCUUGGCAGAUACAAAACCAUUGCAAUCUUUGCUCUUAUACAAGCACUGGGAACUGGCAUGUUAACUGUGACAACAGGGUUGCCACAGUUAAGGCCACCUACUUGUCAUCCUCAUGACAAGUACUGCGAACCGGCAAAUGGAUUUCAGAUGGGAAUACUAUACUUGGCUUUAUAUCUAAUAGCAUUAGGCACUGGUGGAUUAAAAUCUAGUGUGUCUGGAUUUGGGACAGAUCAAUUUGAUGAGAAAGACGAAAAGGAAAAAUCACAAAUGGCGUAUUUUUUCAAUAGGUUCUUCAUAUUUAUAAGUAUUGGAACAUUGACAGCAGUUACAGUGCUUGUUUAUGUUCAGGAUGAAGUUGGAAGAAGCUGGGCUUAUGGUAUUUGUUGUAUAUCUAUGGUGAUUGCAAUUAUAAUCUUCUUCGCGGGUACUAAAAGGUAUCGGUACAAGAGAAGUUCAGGAAGUCCUAUAGUUCAAAUAUUUCAAGUUAUUUUGGCUGCUACAAGGAAAAGGAAGAUGGAUGUUCCGUAUGAUGUUGGUUUGCUAUACGAGACGAAUCCAGAGGGUUCAAAGAUUCAACACACUGAUCAAUUUCGGUGUUUGGACAAGGCUGCUAUUGUAGCACAAGGUGAUUUUGAGGAUCAUGAUUUGAAUCCAAAUCCAUGGAAGUUGUGCACGGUUACUCGAGUGGAGGAAGUUAAAAUGAUGGCUAGGUUGAUCCCAAUUUGGGCUACAACUAUCCUUUUCUGGACAACUUAUGCACAAAUGAUCACAUUUUCAGUUGAACAAGCUGCUACUAUGGAACGUAACGUUGGCAAAUUCAAAAUUCCAGCAGGCUCUCUUACUGUCUUUUUUGUCUCUGCCAUCUUAAUCACUUUGAUUAUUUAUGACAGAUUCAUCAUGCCACUAUGGCAGAAGUUGAAAGGAAAACCAGGUUUUACUAGCCUUCAAAAAAUAGCUAUAGGACUUGUGUUGUCUACAAUGGGAAUGGGAAUAGCUGCUUUAGUUGAGAUGAAAAGGUUAUCAGUAGCAAAGUCUACGGGGCGUAACAUAUCAACAUUACCUAUUAGUGUGUUCUAUUUGAUCCCUCAAUUCUUUCUAGUUGGAGCAGGGGAGGGAUUCAUAUACACGGGGCAACUCGAUUUCUUCAUAACACAAUCACCAAAAGGGAUGAAAACUAUGAGCACUGGUCUUUUCUUGACAACACUUGCUCUUGGUUUCUUUGUUAGUAGUUUUCUAGUUUCUAUUAUCAAGAAGGUCACAGGAAGCAUUGGUGGUCAUGAUUGGCUUGCUGAUAACAUAAAUUAUGGAAGGCUUGAUUGUUUCUAUGGACUUCUUGCUAUAUUGGGAGUCAUAAACUUUGUGCUUUAUCUAUUUUGUGCUACAUGGUUCAAGCCAAGGAAAGCUAAAUCUGCUAUAAACAUGGAGACUAUCAACAAUGGAAAUGUGGUUGAGGACAAGUGCUAGGAUUUAGUUUAUAAAUCUUCUCAAUUUAUUGCCUUUGGUGUUGAUUGUAUGAUUUCACUUUCCUUUGCUAUGUUACUUUCCUUUUGAUAAAACAUCUAUUUCAUGUC